AUGUUACUGUUUAUUAGAACGGGACGGGUCUAUCCCAGUCCCGAUCCGUCCCGUGAACAACCGUGGACUGCCAACGUGCCAUGGGCGCCCGAGUCAAAUUUGAAUUUCCAUUUUGCGAAGCCUGUGAUAUUCCAUAGCGAUACGGAUGCCAAGCCAAUGCUCCACUCUCUACCACUGCUAGCGAUGGACCCUUCCAACAACACUGAAACGGAAGAUGAAACCAUUGCGUUCAAAAAGAAGAGAGCUCGCCGUGUUAGUUUCGCCGACAAUGAGAUUACCUCCGUUCACAUCUUUCGAAGGGAUGACGAGGAUUCUGAAUCACCUUUUGAAUCCACCAAACCCUGCUCCCCUGCCGACGGGAAAAGUCCGGAGAACGAAGUUCCAGGGUUUUUUAGGGACUUAGCAGGUGAUAGCGAUGAGGAGGAUCUCAAAGAGUCGCCGGCGCCUCGCAAUGCUUGCGGGAAUGGUGACGACAAUGAUGAUGAAGGUGAAGCUGCGAAUGUGAGAAAGUCCUUUCUGAAGCCAAUUGGUUCUCCUUCUCCGGGUAGCAGCACUGCUGGUUCCAUCGCCUCAACUGACGAUGAAGAUGAAUUUCAUGGUCCUGUAUCUGCAAGUUUCAUUAGGCCUGGAGAGCUCUCUGACUCCGCUGCCUCAGAUGGUAAUCAUGAUCUUACGAUGGAUUCAACUGCAUUUUCGUUGCACUACCGGAGUCUUGCUUGUUCAGAUACCGGAGAUCUUAAGACCCCUACAAGAUUUGCCGCUCCAUUUGAAGACAAAACUCCUAGCGCAACUUCUGGCCGCACUGCAUCAGGAAGUUUUAUGGAACUUACUAAAAUUUCCAGGCUGUCUCCUCAUCCUUCAGUUCCUGCUGACACAUCAAGUGUCAGUAAAGACUCAAGUGAUAUGAGUAUUGUAGGAGAAAACCCACGUAGAUAUGAUUAUCACAGACUUUCUCCUUCAAUAGAAGCAAUGUUAGCUGAAGGAAGCAAGGAUUUGCUUCCUGCCCCUGAGUUAGAUUCUACCGGCUCAGGUUUAUCAAGACCAAGUAAGGCAUCUCCAACUUGGCAGAACAACAAUGGGGGGAGAAGCCCAUCAAAUCCAGCAACGAAUGAUACUUCAGGACAUAAGGAGAUGAAUAUAUCUUCCAAGAGCCCUCCUAUUAAUGGAAUCACCAAUAUUCUAUUAUUUGACAAAGGUGAUAAUACAGUUGCUGAUGCUUCCACCAACCAAACCCAAAGCUAUGAUUGUACAAUCAAAGGAAUUAAGGAGUUUGUUAAAGAUGCUGCUGGGCCAGCUAAAAAGCAAUUGGACUUUGCUGUUGCUAAUAUGAAAAGCCCACCAGAGAUUGAUGAUUGCUUGGAGGUCUCAUUAAAACAUGACCUUGGAUAUCACUAUCUGAAUGAAAACCGGGUGAAGGAAAUUAAUCUGAAAGAAGCAGCCAGUGUAUCCGACAAUGAUCCCAAUCAAGUAGAUGGAAAUCUAAUACAGGAAUCAACUCCAUCUCCAUUUUCUGGGAGAGAGCAUUUAUUAGCGGUUUCUCCGGAUUCAUCUGGACCUAAUGGAGCUAAUACUCCUCCGUUAAAGUGGUCAAGUUCCUUAUUACUUGACAAAUAUAUAAGAAAUGCAGAGACACCAUCAUCCAUACUCCAAAACAUUUCCAAGUUGAAAAAUCUUGGGACAUCUUCCAAGACAUCAAGUGUUAGAGAGGGAAUAGAGAGAUCAAAGAGCAGGUUAUCAAAAUACUCGCUGGGGUCUACGCCUCUUAAUAUGAAAGUCAAUGAGUACGAACAUAUCAGAAAUCUCAAUGCUCAUUUGGAGAACCAGCUAUUUAUUGUUACCACGACGAAUAUAGGGCAACAGAGUUUGACCAACAUGGAUGCUCAUGGAGCUGCAUCUUUGAUGGAUUUGGGAAAAUUAAGUCAAAAUGAAGAAACUGUGGACUCUAGAAUGGCGGGAGAACCUUACCAUUGCACUACUGCUGACAUUUCUCAUGAUGAUAAAAACCCCAAGUCAGUGGAAAUGGCUGCUUGUCCCUCAAAUAUGCUUCAUUCAACAGCACAAAAGAUAAAUUUCGACCUGGCAGAUGGCACAGUUGAGACCAUAAAAGAUGAAAAUGGGGUUUUAAUGCAUAAAAGAUAUUCUUCUCCUUUGGAAUUAUUGCACCAGAAAUCAUCAUCCUUAGAGAGCCAAAAGAAUUGCUUUAGUAAGUUGGAGCAGCUAGAUUUGCAUAAUGCUUCUUGUAAUCACUCAGGGCAUUCUGAUGAACGCAGCUCUACAGCUACAGUAGCCAAGCAUAUGGAGGUGCCUAUAUCUGCAAAGAGUGAAAGGUUAGCUUUUGAAGUUGCAGAUAUCGUCCAAUUUCCUAAGGCUAUGUACGAAAAAAAUUCAGCUGAGAGACUGGACAACAAAGCACAAGUUCUAAGCACCUAUACGGAAGGUAUAAAACAAAGUCCAAUCCAAGAAGCAUCAAUUUUGUUAUCCCCUGUGGAAGGGAUGCCCACCAAAUCACUACACCAUAACUCAGAUGGUUCCUACGAUAACUACCAUCAGAUGCUACAAACCCAAGUUGCUGACAGCCCUUCUAAUGAAUUUUGCGUGGAGAAUCAUUCUGGGAAAAAACGAAAAGCAAUCAAACUACUAAGGGAAGAAAACAUUGUAGAUAAAAUAGCGAGAAUUGAUGGUACUUUAAAUGUUCAUACGAAUGAGAAUAUGGAUUUACAGAUAAUCUUGCAGCAGUCAGGUGAUGUAAGUGAUAGACAGAAGCUUGGCAGUCAGACAUGCAAGAAUUAUGUUGAUAUUCUAGCAAAAUUCUCAGGGAGCACAACUCAGUUGCUUGGUCCCUCAGCAGAUAAGCUAAAUUUGAAAAUGAUUGGCAUGCUGAAAGAUAUUUUGGUUCAUCUGUGGAGGGUUAUGAAGUUUGAGAUUCUUUGUGCUGAAAUUCAUUCUCAGCAGAAAAUAACCAAGCCUCAAAGCAUUCGUCAUAGAAAAGUCAUGGAAACAAGAACGAUGCUGUAUAGCAUAGCAUAUGAGAAGGCAAAACUGCAACUAAUGCGUAUGAAGCGUGAGAUCUUACAGAAAAAGAUACAGCAAUUGGGCUCUGGGCUUCAGGAGUGUGAAACAUUGAAGUCAACUUAUGCUCCAUUUUUGUCUAAAAUUGUGGCAUCCAAUAAUACUCCUGCUAAGAGUCUCUUCCUUCCCAUCUCCAUCAGUUCUGAAGGAAAACGUCAGGCAAUGUCGUUGGAGCUUGAAUCUUUGGUUCACCAGGCAAAAUCCUUAACUAAAUUCCUUCAUAAUUGCUGCAAGUUGGAGGAUGAUCAGAAGAGUGCUGGUUCUAUAACCCUAGUUCAUGAUUAUUUGAAGAAAAGAAUGUCCUGUAAGCUUAUAUCUCGAAAUCUGCAGGUUUGGGAAAUUGACAAUUUUGAGCAUAAGGAUGCUUGUUACGAAAUUCUUCUCAAGUAUUGUGGUUGCAUCAUCCAAAGGUUGAUAGUACAUACCGAUUCACCAACAAUAAUAAUCUCCAACAAAUUGAAUGAUCAAACUAUCUUAAAGGCCUUUCCAAAUAUGGAUGCUUUUGCAGCGUUUAUGUUUGUCUUAAAUCCUGAUACCACUAAGAAAUGCAAUGGUUCAAGAUGUUUGGCACAAGAGACUCAGAUAACAAGUUCACUUCUGUGCAAUUUGCUUGAUUUGAUUGAGGAGGUUCAGUUAGCUCGCAUAGAGAUCAGAAAUUUGGUGCAAGUCAAAUUCUAUUCUCAAUCAGUUGGCGUGCUUGAGUUGCUGCUUUACUUCAUUGACCUUAAUACUGGCAGGAAGUUUAAAGUGGUUUUUGACAUGACCUGCUUGAAAUGUGGCGUCUAUCCAAUAGAAAUUCUUCCAUCUCAUAUAUAUGAUGUCACUUGUGGGGAGCAAAAGCCCCUUUCUCGGUCGCUUGAAGGUGAUAUAAGAAUAGCAGCUGAGAGAGUGACAGCUGGUUAUUCAAGAAUUAUGAGGCUUUGUAGGAGUAUUUCCCAGGUAGUACAGACGUGAUCAACAUCUUGUUGGACUGUUUGUUACUCUUUGAUGGCCCACCUAGGUUCUUGCCUAAUUUUGUAUUUGGGCUUAGCAUGUAUGGUAUGUAACAAGAGGUAUUGCUCGAGGCAUGGACUAUUGCAAUGUAAAAUGGAACAAGGGUCUAUUGUCUCAUAAGCACAACCACUUCCAUCAUUUAAAUUGCAGAAUAUCCUGCCGUAGCAUCCAGAGAUGUGCAUUUGAUUUUUGAAAGAUACUUUGUUUAUUUUUAUCUAAAUUUUCAGGUGUGAUUAAGGAUCUUAACUUGUACUGAUAGUAAUGAACUAUUUUGAGAA